AUGCAAGCCGAAACACAUACAUACAAGAAUCCUCUGGUCAUUAUAGAGCUUAAACAAGCAUUCAACGAGGUCGAUACUAAUAAGGAUGGUUUUAUAUCGCCACAAGAAGCACAUCAAGGUAUUACUUUAGCUCGUCAACGCAUACCUGAAUGUAGUUUUGGCCAUAUUGUUCAAAUGUUUGAUGAUGAUCACGACGGACAAAUGUCACUUGAAGAAUUUCUAAAUAAUGUUCAGAAAUUGGUUCAUAAAUAA